GCAGGAGUGACUGAUCAGCUGGAGGAGGAUAACAACAGCAGCGGCAGCAGGCGCGGACAUUAAUGAAGUAAACUCCGUGGGUGGGGGGGAGGCGCCGCCGCCAUGGCCAACAUCACCAAGAAAGUGUCGUGGUCCAGCCGGGCCGACGAGUCCGGGGCCACCGGGGAGAGAACCCCGCUGCUCAACGGCUCCGAGCAGCAGAACUCCCUCUCCAGACAGCCGUCUGAAGGGGGCAGUGUAUUUCAGAUAGGCAGACUCAGCACAGUGGAUUUGGAGGAGGAGAUAACGUCAGACGAGGAGUCUCUAAGAGGGCGACCCAAAGAGAUCCCUCACACCGAGAAGCUACUGUCUCUUAAAUAUGAGAGUCUGGACUAUGAUAACAUUGAAAACCAGCUGUUUCUGGAGGAGGAGAGAAGGAUGAGUUACAUGGGUUUCCGGUGUCUGGAGAUCAGUCGCUGGUUUGUCUGCGGCCUCAUCGGCUUCCUCACCGGCCUCAUCGCCUGUUUCAUAGACAUUGCGGUGGAGCAGCUGGCUGGGAUCAAAUACCAAGUGGUCAAAACAAACAUCGAAAAGUUUACAGAGGCAGGCGGCCUGUCCAUCUCCCUCCUGCUCUGGGCCUUCCUCAACUCUGCCAUCGUCAUGUUGGGGGCCAUCAUGGUUGCGUUUUUUGAGCCCAUAGCAGCAGGAAGUGGUAUACCCCAGAUAAAAUGUUACCUGAAUGGCAUCAAGAUUCCCAGGGUGGUACGACUCAAGACCCUGGUGGUGAAAGUCUGCGGAGUUAUUUGUUCUGUGGUUGGCGGCCUGGCUGUCGGAAAGGAAGGGCCCAUGAUUCAUUCGGGUGCUGUUGUAGCUGCAGGCGUCUCCCAGGGCAGGAGUACGUCUCUAAAGAGAGACUUCAAGAUGUUUGAAUACUUCCGGAGAGACACAGAAAAAAGAGACUUUGUUUCUGCCGGAGCUGCCGCCGGAGUUUCAGCUGCCUUCGGGGCACCAGUCGGUGGCGUUCUGUUCUCUCUGGAGGAGGGAGCUUCCUUCUGGAACCAGAUGCUGACAUGGAGGAUAUUUUUUGCCUCCAUGAUUUCCACCUUCACCCUGAACUUCUUCCUCAGCAUCUAUCACAACAAAACCGGAGACCUUUCCAGCCCUGGUCUCAUCAACUUCGGUCGCUUUCAGGGUGACAGUGUGGCCUAUAAUCUCUAUGAGAUUCCACUGUUCAUCAUCAUGGGAGCUAUAGGUGGUUUGCUCGGAGCUCUGUUCAAUAUCCUCAACUACUGGUUGACCAUCUUCAGGAUCAGGUACGUCCAUCGCCCUUGUUUGCAAGUGAUGGAGGCCAUGUUGGUUGCUGCUGUGACCGCGGCAGUGUCAUUCACUAUGAUCUACUUCUCCAACGACUGUCAGCCUCUGGGGCCCGAGCACAAUGAGGAGUACCCACUGCAGUUGUUCUGUGCAGAUGGAGAGUACAACUCCAUGGCAACAGCCUUCUUCAACACUCCUGAGAGAAGCGUCCGCAGUCUCUUUCACAACCAGCCAGGGAGCUAUAAUCCUUUGACUCUGGGCCUGUUCACUCUGACCUAUUUCUUCUUGGCGUGUUGGACGUAUGGCCUGGCAGUGUCGGCCGGCGUCUUCAUCCCGUCUCUGCUCAUCGGAGCCGCCUGGGGGAGACUGUUUGGAAUCCUGCUGGCCUCCAUUCCCUCCAACGGCUCGAUCUGGGCGGACCCGGGUAAAUACGCCUUAAUUGGAGCUGCAGCUCAGUUAGGCGGCAUCGUGAGAAUGACUCUCAGUCUGACCGUCAUCAUGGUGGAGGCUACGGGGAAUGUCACAUACGGCCUUCCCAUCAUGCUCGUCCUCAUGACCGCCAAGAUAGUGGGAGAUUAUUUUGUCGAGGGUCUGUACGACAUCCACAUCAAGCUGCAGAGUGUUCCCUUCCUGCACUGGGAUGCUCCUGCUACGUCCCACUGGCUGACUGCGAGGGAGGUGAUGAGUGCUCCGGUGACCUGUUUGAACCGGAUAGAGAAGGUGGGAACCAUCGUGGACACCCUGAGCAACACGUCCACCAAUCACAACGGCUUCCCCGUCGUCGUGCAGGUUUCUGGGACUGAUGAGCCAGCAAAGCUCUGCGGGCUCAUCCUCCGCUCUCAGCUCAUCGUUCUCCUCAAGCACAAGGUGUUUGUGGAGUUGGCCCGGUCCCGGCUGACCCACAGGAAGCUCCAGUUGAAGGACUUCAGAGACGCCUACCCCCGCUUCCCCCCGAUCCAGAGCAUCCAUGUCUCCCAGGACGAGAGGGAGUGUAUGAUGGACCUCACAGAGUUCAUGAACGCCACACCCUACACAGUACCACAGGAAACGUCUCUGCCUCGUGUGUUCAAGUUGUUCAGAGCCCUGGGACUCAGACACCUGGUGGUCGCGGAUGAUGAGAACAGGGUGGUGGGACUGGUGACCAGGAAAGACUUGGCCAGGUAUCACCUCGGCAAACAUGGGCUAGAGGAACUUCAACUGGCCCAGACAUAGUACACACACACUCACAAACACACACUCUCACACACACAGACACACACACCCAUGAACUGUUAUCACCUGAUGCCUGAAGCUGUUGAGCCCCAGCUAUGCAGAGAACAUCUCUGAGGGGGAGUUCCUCCAUGAAAGCAAAGAAGAUUCAUAAGGUUUCAUUGACCGGAUUCAAGACUUUUCACCAACAAAGUCAAAUAGAUUCAAUCAACAAUAAAAUAAAAAGCUGUUAAUCAUAACAGUAAAUGAUAAUAAUGACAAUAAUUUUGAGCUACACCAGAUGAGGGAAGUCGGUUUCAUCUUAGUUAACUUGUAAAUGGAAAACCUUGUGUUCUUACUCCUCAACAUCAGAAACAGCUGAUUGUUCAACCGCUCAUGAAGUAAUAUUGUUCUGGAACAGUGACAUCUACACAUUCAUUAAUUAUGUUUUUUAAAUGAUUACACAUUUGACUUGUCUUGCCGUUGAACUGAGCAGGACAUUGAAACUGGUUUGCUUUAGAAAAACCUGAUUUGAGCGAGAGUGCUCGUCCCCAUUUGAGGUUUUUUCUCUGACAAUGUUUGCAAAUUUAGUAUUUUCCAAUUUCUUUGUGUAGUUUUGCACUGAAAAAAAAAGUUAUUUAUUGUUGACGUUGAUUGCUUGUUUUAUUUUGUAAGUUUGGGAGAAUGUUUAGGUUUUACAUCACAGGAGGGAGAGGAGACGCUUGUCUGAUUGGCUAAGUGAUGCAGAGUUCUGAAGAGAUGGUUCUGUUAAUAAAUGUGGAUCCUCCUCGUUCUUCUUCACUGAGCUCACACAAAUAUAAUAUGAUGUGCGUUAUUGACGGUAAAAAUCGUUUGGUACGAAAACGUUUUUUUUUGUUGUCUCCACCAAAUGUUUCCACCUCCUGCUGAAAUAUUGUAUUGGCAAAAAAAUACUUUCAAGUGUGCCUGAUGAAGAUCUCCAUAUCUAUGAAUGUAAAACUUUGUUUACCACACAUCUUCUCUUUGAACUCUUCGAUUAAUCGUUGCGUUACCUGGUCAGUGUACGGCACAAAAUAUUCAGAUUUCAUAAUUAUUUUAUAAAUUUGUGCGUCCAUCAUUUCAACUGCCAGUGUUGUUCUUUGAGUUUCCUUUCAUCCCUGUCACACUUUUGUUUCCUUUGUCGUCUUUUUCUUUUUCUUGUUCCUGACUUUAGUAUUUUGACGAUGCUCUAUUUUGUAACCACUGGAUAAGCCUUUUGUGAAUUAAUAAAGUUGAAAUGUAUCUAUUG